CCUUUACAGGAGACGGCAGACCUCGAUGUGAACAAAGUUAUUGAGUUGAUGAGUGCGCUGACGUGUUUUCUUAUGUCUCUGACAGCAUGGAUCACAAGCCGCUGGUAGUUCCUCAGCUCAGUAAUGAGAUGCAGCUCAGUCUCAUGAGUUUGGUGAAGGCAGGAAAGUUGAGUAUUGAUCAAGCUCUGAUUCAGGCUGGACGUGGCACGGUGAGGAACUUUCGUUCACAGGAAAAUGAACCCUCCCAGUACAACUUUAGCGUCCGCAAGUUCAACCGCUACAUAUGGCAGAAAAGAGUGUUACAGGUUGAUUUCACCAAGAACAUAUUGUGCAGCAUCGAGAAAGGAAUCGUGAAGCGUCAGCUCCUCUUCUCUGAUGUGAAAAACUGUCACGAUGCUGCCGGGACCAGAUUCUCCAUUUCAUUCAAAGGUCGACCGGACUAUGAGCUGGAAGCCGCAUCUUCCGGGGACAAACACAGGAUCAUGCAACUGGUAAAUCAUAUAAUCUACAAUAACAUAUACAGCCUUCCCGUGGACACAUCUCUGGACGUGGAAACUCCAAACGGACCUCCGGAGAACCUUAAAGAGGAACAUCUUUUGCUUCAGAGAGGGGGACUGGCAUCAUUCAAAUGGAAGAAAUAUGAAGCUCAUCUUCAAACAGGCCUGCUGACCUUGUUGCCUGUUGCUCCGCAACCUGCAGAAGCAUCCGUGUCGUCCAGCGAGUCUGUCUGUCACUUCUCGGACGUUUACGCCAGUGUGAAUAAUCACAGGUGUGACGGAGGUGACGGGACAGCUGUUGUCAUCCAUCUCUCGGACGGUAAUGUCAGGGUGGAGACCUCCGGCGCCCCCGACACCUUUACAGUGCUGAACGACAGGAACGACUUUCUGUUCAGAAUACCAAAGACUGAUCAUAUGACCUCAGAGUUUGUUCAAAAUGAGCGAGACGCCUGGGUGAAAGCCAUCAAACAGCUAUGCAUUGACUGGAAACGAAAGUCUCAGUGUGAACCCUUAUAUGAAGUCACUGAAAUGCAGAGAAAUCACAAUGGUAUUACAGAAACCAACAGCCAGCCAGAAUAUGACAUUCCAAAUAACCACACACCUCCCCCAGUACCACCUACACCGAGACCACGCUUACCCCGACCUUCUCCAGCCCAGCCCGAGGUUGUUCCAACAGCAGCAGAGCCAGAACCCAACACCUCCCAAAGAUCAGAACCAGAACUGAAGCCAACCCCAACAGCACAGAUACAAAAUCUAUCCACCGCAGAGGAGAAACCUUCACCUGCUUUUUCAUUCUCUCCGGCCUCAGCCAUGCUCGUGCCAGGUCCUGUUGGAAACCAGGGUGUCCCGCCAGCGCCUUUACCCCCUCCAAUGCCCAAGAAAACAGCAAAGCAGCUCACAAACAAGAUGAAAGCUUUUCACUGGGACCUGGUUGCUCAGGAUAAGAUUGAAAAGUCAACGUGGGCCCGCAAGAACCCCAAAAAGAUCGAAAUCGACACAUCACGCUUGUAUGAGCUGUUCUGCGUGAGAGACCAGGACACCGUCGGCAAAUCAGAGUCCAACAUUAACGUGGAAAUCAUGCUGAAUGCAAAGAUCGCUCACAAUUUCAAUAUUUUCCUUAAAAGUUUCCCUGUGCCUCCAGAAGAGCUCAAGGACAAAUUGUUGAUUAUAAAUGAAGACGACGGGGGUCUCUCGGACGAGCACAUCGCCUCUCUCAGGAGGUACGUGCCCACGGCGGAUGACAUUGAGAUGUAUAAAUCCUAUAAAGGAGAUGUGAAUGAACUGCAUGUGGUGGACCGGUACAUGCUGGAGAUGUGUUACAUCCUGAACCUCAGCGCCCGGCUGGACCUGCUGCUCAUGUUGCGAGAACUUCCCAUCUGUAUGGAGGACCUCACGCCGCUGAUUAUCCAGAAGAUCCGCAUGUGCCAGCAGCUGGUGUCCUGCGAGUCAUUUGUCAGCGUGUUGGAGUAUCUCCUGACUCUGGGCAAUUACAUCAACCACAACGCAGGCAAAGAGAAGGCCAAGGGGUUUCGCCUUUCAUCUUUAACAAAGGUCUCUCAGUUGCGUGGGAACUAUCGAAAGUUCACCUUGCUGCAUGCCCUUGUGGAACAGAUCAUGUUGCGAGAGCCGAGUUUGGCCACCUUUUUCCUGGAGCUUGCAGAAUUCGAGAUGGUUUCUGGGGCCUCGGUGAAAGGCCUGACAGCGGAGGUGGACGUUGUGAAGAAUGAGUUUCAGAAGGUCAUGCAGUACAGGAAAGCACACAAACGGAAAAACGUGGUUAAUCAGCAGCCAAAGUUCUUCAGAGACUUGAAGAUGGCCAUCGAGAGGUACGAAACGGAUCUCAGCCAGCUGACGAAGAGGUGCGAGGAGAUGAGGAAACUCUACACUGACAUAUUGGUAAAAUUUGGAGAACCUUUGGACCAAGACUCUCAAGAACUUUUCGGAUGGGUUGGCCAAUUUAUUAAUGACUUCAAGAAAGUUUACAGCGAGUAUGAUCAAUGAGUUAAGCAGCCGUACACGGAUAUGUGCAUCUGUUUUCUCAAACAUUUCAUGAAUACAGUUUCCGUCCGAAGGCAAUUUGAAUGCCUUUAGAAAGACUUAUCUAUGGACCGAGACCUUGCUCGCUGGAUCUCUCCCAUGCGCUGGUGUUUGCUUUAAUUAAAAGUCUUGGCGAGCUGCUUUCACACGAAUCUUUCAUCCUUUGCCAUAAGCAACAACUUGGAUUCAUUUCCCAGACAGGGGCAAAUGUUUACUGGAGGCACGUAUCUGUUUGUUUUCUCAAAGUGAACAGAUUCCAGCACGAGUCCUGAUUCUCAGACGCGCUUUAUGGCCUUGUGGAUGUGUGUGUUUGUGUUUUCUGGAUGAUACAGAACCGAAUCCACAACAAAGAACAUCAACAUUUCACAUUGUGCAACACAGACCCGUCUUGAAUUUUCCUUUUUUUUGGUAAACUAUUUCUAUAAGCUUUAAUAACCAUCACUGCAGCACAAAAAUAUCAACAAUUUAAACAAAAAAUAUAUAAGUAUAUACACUAAGACUGUAUAAUAAAUAUAAACACUUGUGCAUAAAUUGAAAAUAAAGAUGUGCAAUA